AACAAAUUUCUCGUGCCGUGUGUCGACCGUUGCGUGUGACUGCACCCGAAGACACGAGACACCUCUCGCAGUUUCGUUCAGUUUUUGUUCGAGAUCUGUGCAAGCUACGUCGUCGUCGUCGCCGUCGCAAUCGUGCGUGCGUGCUCUGGAAUACGUGUGCGGACCAUCCUGGACUACUACGCUCUGCCGGACAGCAAUCCAAAGGGGUUGUGUGUGUGUGUGUGUGUGUGUGACCGGGUGGUUUUGUGUGUAAUGUGACACACCGCCAGGUCGGCGAGCGGAAGUGCGAUGAGUUUCAUAAUUAGAUCUACCUUCAAUUGAAUAGAAAAAUACAAAACAAAAGUGCAGUGAGUGAUGUAAAAACCAGUUAUGAGCUCGGAUGAAUCUACAAAAGUGCAUAAAAACCGACUUAUUGUGUCAUUUGCAACGCUCCGCAGUGCAGACAAAGGGCAACUGGGAUGAUUCUGUCCAUGCCGUACAUUUUUUUCUUCUGCAACUCCAGCAUAAGUGCAUUAGCCACAUGGCCGUUACGCAACACAAACGAUAACUCUAUUGUGCCAGUGUUCUCUCGAUAAGGGAGAAAAAAGGAAAAAAAGAAUUGCUCCAAAUAGAAAAAUCUAUCGUGCAACUGACACAUACGCGCACACACCCAUAAUUUGACAUUCGUGUUCGAGUCCUGCCAGUUCUCCACCGGAACUGUGUGCCGCCACCCGUCGGCGCAUCAACAAAUGCAUUGGAAGAGUUCGGCACGAUCGUGAUAGUGCUUUCCGCAUGCAGCGAGAGGAAUGGCUUAUCCGUCGCAUCCAUCUGGGGUAAAGCUCCUCACCCACGGCGAAGGCGACGGAGAAUGAUACACCGGAAAUAGGUUCAGCUCGGUCUCGGUGCUAUCGCUACGGUUGAAAACCAUCCCAAAGGUGUUGGGAAUCAUGCCCGGUUCAGCUAUCGUUUCAGCGUGCGCGUGACUCACCAGGGCAGCAGGGCUCUACUCGGAAGCAGUGUGAACGGGAAAGCCACCAUGGACGGUUAAAGAACAACGCUUUAGAGCGAGCCAAGAAUUUCAAAUCUUACCCAAACGCUUGCGCGAAUAGUAAACAGUGUACACGAUCGGCGCGCUGUGUGUUUCGUGCUACACCGGGACGCGUCAUUAGCAACAGUUUUAAUAGCCAGCGAAACGGGCAGGAACCAACAUUCGUGCGCACGUUCCGUGCCGUACCUUAAUUAGCGGCGUGUGAGCUUGACAGAAGCGCAAGGGGGACUCCAUCGGUUUCCUCGGUUAUCGCGGGCCGAGGAAAGUGCGUAAGAUCGUCGGCAUCCGUUCAGACCGUCCCCUGCUCUAAACGCGCACCGAAAUGUUCCCGGCAGCUGUUCCGUUUUUAUGGUUCACGACAUCGUUCCGCGAUCACCGUUCCCGCGUUCGUCGCCGGUGUGCUGGCGGUCCCACGUUCGUUGGGCGAUAGUGUGUGCGUGUGUGUGUGUGUGAAGAUGCAUCCGACAAAGUGACGUAUAGGGUGUUCCGUGAAAAAUGCAUUCGCUCCAGAAGCAGCAGUGUGUCCCACGGGGGCGGGUUUCGUUAGUGUACACAUAAAUUAAAUUAGUGCAUAAUAUCAAACGAAUCCAAUACGCAGAGCGGAGUGCGAAGAGCAAAGGAUCGUAAAUAAAAGAAUCUCGUUAGUAAAAGUGCAUGUGUGCGUGUGUGUCUGUGUUGUUGUAAGUGAAAAUGAUGUUGUGUGUGGUGCUGGUAGAAUUUUCACACCGCUAAACGGGCAGUAAAAAUCCUCCGCCAGCGCGCAGAUGUGAGCGAUAAAGUGGAAAUAUAGUUCGGAAAAUUUCGAAUGAUCAAAGUGUUGGAGAAAAGCGUGUCACGUUCGCGCGCGCGCGCUCCCGCAAGUUCCCAAGGGAGAAGGUGACAAGGGUUCGGCAUUAAGUGAUUUACUUCGCACUUUACUCCCCCGGGGGAGGUUUUACUCCCCCCCUUAGUUUCCUGCCCACCCAAAACCAGUGAAGCAACACGAAGCGAAACGUUACUAGAAGAAAGGGCAGAAGGAAUAAUAAUGUCGAACGCCGAGCGGGAUGCAACGGGCGGCUCGUUAAAAUCCGAUCCAUCACGGUUAAAGAUGUAUCGAUGUCACAAGCGGCUCGAUUUACAGCAGCAGCAUCACAAAUGCAAAAGCUACCGAAGAACGUUACGGCCCGAUCGGGCCGCGCUUGAACCGACCGUGGAGUCUUCCAGUGGUAGUGUCGACGGUGAUGGGCGACGGUGGCAGUGUCGCCGGCAGCGACCGGUGCAACCCGAUCCGGUGUGGCCACUGUGCCCGAGCAGUAGCAGCAGCGCCAGCACCCGCAGCAAACCCACCGUUGGCCGACUCUGCCCGGGGCGGCACAUCUCGGCGCAGCUAUUUUGGACCGCCGUCCUGCUGCUGUGCGCUGGAUUUUGUACAAAGACCGGAUGUGACGAUACGGAGCAGUUCCAGAAAAACAGAAAGUUUACACCUACAACCGCCACAGUCGACACCAUUCCAGCGCGCAUUGUAUGGGCGGCGAUCGAUCACGAUGCGGAGCUACCGUGCGACAUUACGGCACCGUCGUCACAGGACGGCGUCAAGCUGGUGCUGUGGUUUAAAGAUUCCACCGGAAUUCCGCUCUACAGCUUGGAUUCGCGCAGCGGCGUACCGAUAUCGGCCGCCCAGCAUUCCACCAUCGCGAACGACCUCGGCCAGCGGUUGUUCUUUUCGGUCGGGGCGACACCGAAGGAGGCCCGGUUGCAGAUACGCAACAUCAAAACGUCCGACGGUGGCGUCUACCGGUGCCGGGUGGACUACUUCAACUCGCCCACGCGCAACUACCGAGUCAAUUUGACGCUGGCUGUACCACCAGAAGAACCGAGAAUAUUUGACGCACAGGGCAAGGAAAUCUCAACCGUCGCUGGACCCUUUCGUGAGGGACACGAGCUUUUCCUGUCCUGUCAGGUCUCCGGAGGCCGGCCGCCGCCGAGGGUGACGUGGUGGCGCGAUGGGGUAGAAAUUUCCAGCACCAGCCAUCCAUCCGCCGUGGAAGGAACGUCCGCCAUGGUUAAUCAACUAUUCAUCAGCACCGUCACGAGGGACUUUUUCGGCUCGAAGCUGCAGUGCCGCGCGGCCGGUUCGAAGCUAGUGCCGGCCGUCUCGAAGGAAGUUGCCAUUCAAGUACACCUGAAACCACUGCGGGUGAAAAUCAUUUCCCCGAACGAGCUGCUGACGGCGGGCCGUCCGGUUCCAAUUAGAUGCGAAGCGUGGGGAUCGUUCCCGGCGGCGAAGAUCGUCUGGCUGCUCGACGGUGAGCCGCUGCGCAGUGCCGACAUUACCGUGCAUACCGACAGCAAUGACGCGAACUUAACCUCCAGCAUACUGACCCUGCGGGUGACGGCGGAGAACGAUGGCGCUGAGCUGACCUGCCGGGCGUCGAAUCCGUGGUUUUCCGGCGGUUCGAUCGAGGACAAGCGCAUCAUAAGUGUUGCAUACGAGCCGGUCGUAUCGGUGCAUCUGUCCAACGAGGACCCGAGCCGGGUGAUAACGCGCGCCGAGGGUGAAAAUGUUACGCUAAAAUGCCGAGCGGAUGCGAGACCACCGGUCACUUCCUUUUCCUGGUACAAAAACAACAUGAGGAUGUCCGGAGAAAAUGGGGAAACCUUGUACUUGACACAGCUGGAGCGGGAAAGUGCCGGCUCGUACGCCUGUGCCGCCUCGAACACGGAAGGUGAAACGCGCAGCUCAUCGCUAACGCUCAAAAUACAGUUUGCACCACGCUGCAAACCUGGCACGGAGCAAACCUCAGUCGGCUCGCUAAACAUGCACUCGCUGCACGUCAAGUGUGAGGUGGAGGCCGACCCACCGGACGGUGUACGGUUCAGCUGGACGUACAACAACACGCGUAACGUGUCACCGGUGCUGAAUUCGCGCAUCAGCUCGCACGGGCUCGUCAGCACCAUGACCUACCUGCCACAGUCCGACUCGGAGCUGGUGACGCUCGCCUGCUGGGCGAUCAACAAUGUCGGCCGACAGACGGUGCCAUGUCUGAUACAUAUUUUACCUGCAAAGAUCCCCGAUACGCCCCGGAACUGCGAGCUGCACAACGACACUGUGCUGGAAGUCGUCUGCUCUGCUGGUAGUGACGGCGGGCUGAUGCAGUCGUUCCUGCUGGAGGUCGUUGGCGGCGUAGCACCGCCCGCUUACAAUCUGGACUACACGCGUGGCCCACCGACCGAGUUCGAUAAUGAAAUUUCUACCAUGAACGAUCAGGCCACAUUAGCACCAUUAUUCCGAAUCCAGGAGCAGAUACCGCAGUUUAAAUUGCACAGCUUAGAACCGGGCCGCGACUAUCAGCUGCUGGUGUACGCCGUCAACGCAAAGGGCAAAAGUGAUCCACCGUUCGUUAUCGAUAAAGUGCGCGUCGGGUCGGCGCUGGUACCACCGUACGUGGACGAAACCAUCAUCUCGGAGGAUCCAACGCCGGCGGAAACAUCGCACCAGGACAAGCAGAAGCAGCAAUCACAGAUGGUUAUGUUUGCUGCCGUUGCGGCUGCCGUGGGAGUCAUCAUAGCGUCCAUUAUCGUGGCCGGCUUUGUCGCGAUAUGCAGGCUGAAGCGGCAGAAACCACCUGAACCGCAGGAAGUACGGAAGCGCAUGAGACCUGCCCGAACCGAUGUGCCAUCGAUGUACGCCGAGGACGAUGUAUUCGAUGAUGAGUAUCAGCGGCAGCUGGAUGUGCGCUGCAGUCGUGCCUCGUCCACCAUUAGAAGUAGUCGUUACGUAUCGGAAGGAUUUGUACAGUAUUCACAACCUAGUCUUAAUGUUUAUAUUGCAGAUCCCGAUCUAAUACUGCCGCGCGGUGGCGACAUCGAGUUCACCACGCUAUCAGGAGCUUAGCAUAAGCUGCCGGCCGACCAUCGUGCAGUGGCCCAAUCGGUUGGAUCGCACGACGCAACCGAUGGGAGCGAUGGCAGACUCGGCGCUGUAGUGUACGGUCCCGGUGCACCGCUGGAAUACACGGCCGUACCGCUGCAUAUAAAUAUUGCAAGCGACCAGUCCAUGGAUGCAACUAACUCUUAAUCAACCCGUAGAGCGAAGCGUACGUUUUUAAACCAACUUAAGCCAGGAAUUCUCACACUCACAAGGGUAAGCAAGAACAUGGGAAAGCGGUAGGCAUAGCCAGUAGGAUCCAAAAGAACAUACAAAUCAAAAGUAGCUAAUCAAACCAAAUGAGUUAAGUACGGCAUGCAUGUAUCUAAACUAUAUGCAGGCAUACAAAAAAAAACCAACAGGAGACAAGGAGCUGAUGCAAAUCACACACAGCCGAAAAGAUUUUAAUCGAUGGCAGCAUUGAUACAAUGUCCCACGCGAUCGAUGCGUAGGGAAUAAAGAUAGGAGAAAAAGCGAACAUAAUCUUGUUGCCUGAUCGUGAUUCCAUUGUAAACACAUCACAUGAACAGAGUUUAAUAGGCAAUGAAAGGGAUGGCAGACGAACGCCAGCCACAGACAGUGGUGGUGUGAACAGUUUUACAGUUUUCCGUUGUAUUGAGUAAGCUCAUCAAGAUGACCUGGAAUUUAGGAAAAAGCGAACAUUCUCACUAGGCGCCCGAGGUGAUGGAUGGUUGAUUUAGUUUAUGUUAUUGUAUAAAAGCGUUAAGAUUUAGAGCUAUAGAGUGUUGUGAGCGCAAGAGAGAAAGAGAGAGAGAGAGAGAGAGAGAGAGAGAGAGAGAGAGAGAAAGAGAGAAACAUCUGUAACAAUGUACACGCAUACAUACACUACACACAAACACAAACACACAUACAACCAAUUGUAAUAAAACCAUAGAGAUAAAGGCAGUUAGAAAACCGCAAACAAAAUGGCCAAAUAGUAGAGAACAUUCGUGUUUGUGCGUUAUUCUGACAGGGAGCGUUGUAAGCUGAAAAUUUGCGAAUUUGAAUCUAAGAUAAACUUUAAACAACACCCAGCCACACACACACACACAUUGACAACAGGUAUGAUUGUUUUUGUUUUGGAAAACAUGAAACAAAGGCAAACGCAUACGGCAACCAAAUGAUAAAAACCAAAUGAGAAUACAUUAAUCGUUGGCGGACGGUUACAAACGACAAAUGAAACAAAACUUUUAGCGAGUAUGGGAAACAAUAACUGGUGUCGAGGUAAAGGAGAAGUUAAAUUCGAAUAAUGUAAAACAGAAAAAGAAAGAGAAAACGAGAGAGAAUAAAAGAGGAAUAAAAAAAAAGAA